AUGGCAAUGGAAGUGAGGCAACAAAUUAAAGAUCAAAUUGAAAAAGCUGGUUUGUAUAUGAUACUUAUCGAUGAAUUCAAGGAUAAUGCCAGCCAUGAAGAGCUUUCCACCUGCUUCAGGUAUGUUAAUGAUGAUGAAAAACUGCAGGAACGCUUUUACAAGCUUACCCGAAUGAAAGAAACUGACGUUCAGACAAUAAUGAGGGAAGGCGUUUUACCCAUAAGUGAGGAAUUUGAUUCCUCUGCAAUUCUUCUAUCACUUGGAGCAGACAGUACAUCUGUGAUGAGUGGAUGUGUAACAAAGGUGUCGCUGCAAAACUUGAAAGGACGUGUUCCCUGGUUAGUGUAUAUUCAGUGUGCUGCACAUCGAUUGAAUCUAAUCGUCGUUGUGUACUUUUGUAAAGUCAAUGCAGCCAGUGCUGUUAUUAAAGCUUACAAAUCAUUGCAUACUAUCUUCAGUGUUGCAAGUCACCUGGAAAUAUUCGAAGCUGUACAACGAGAAAUUUAUCCUAAAGAGCAGAUAAUGGCUGCUUCGUCCCUCAGAAGUGCGCUGGGCCUGCAAGUUUGA